UUUAGACUCGGGGCCUACUCUGUUCGGGCACUGGCAGCUGCAGCUCGCACCCUCUCUUGCUCGCCUGCUCCAGCAGCUCACCUACCGCUGUUUUAUAUAUCGCACAUAUUCGCUUCCUAGCCAUGGCAUCGCCGCGCCAAGUGAGCCCUGUCGACAGCGAUGACGAGCCGAGGCCGACACCGACUCGCGCCUCCUCUCAAGAGUCGGAGGUCUUCAGCCCUUCUGGGAUUCAUGCCCCUGCGCCGAGGGUGACAGACGGGUACUUCGGAUACAACGAAGAGAAAACAUUGCAUCACCUUGAGGAAAAGAUGUGGGCGCAGAGAAGGCGCGGCUCGGACGCUUCUGCAUCGAGACCUGUUUCUGCUCUCGGCUCUCCAUUCAUGAAGGACGAAGGGCACCUAGACGGCCUGAACUCGUACGUUGGUAGCCUCAAGCUAACACCGGUCAUGGAGCCCGAGGAGAAAGCCGUGCCUCAGCAAGAACGCUGGACAAUGGCCCCGAUCCAUGACUCAGGUGUUCUGCCAGAGUUCAUCCCUAUCUUCGAGGCGUUCCAGAAAUGCCUCGAGCUCAGAGACAAGUACAUGCUCCGCUCGGGCCAGAAGCUCGGCUUCAACCCUAAGGACAACGACGGUACAUUCACUGGGCUUCCUGAGGAGUUUUCCGGCGUAUCGGGAGUUCGACCCGACGUCAGCUACGAUGCCUAUGUCCCGCCUGAGAGUGAAACCAAGAAAUGGCGGAUCUACCCAAAGCCCCCGCCCCCUCAUUGGCACUGGAAGGGCCCUCAUGCGACGGUUCCGAGUCAGUUGGGGUCUGACCCAGAGGACGAGGAGUUCGAAUAUGAGCAGUGCGAGAUACCAGGCCCGGAUGACUGGCGCUUCGAGCUGGAUGAAAAGGGCGUAUACCAAGUCUACAAGGGCAAAGAUGCGGAGACUCCUGCAUUUGACGUCCCUAGCAUCAGAGAAUACUUCAUGGACCUGGAGUAUGUACUCGGAGUGAUUGCGGAUGGCCCCACGAAAAGCUUCGCAUUCCGGAGGUUGAACUACCUUACAAGCAAAUUUACUAUGUACACACUGCUCAACGAAACACAAGAGCUGGCGGAUAUGAAGAGAGUCCCACACCGAGACUUCUACAACGUCCGCAAGGUCGACACCCAUAUUCAUCACUCCAGCUGUAUGAACCAAAAGCAUCUACUACGCUUCAUCAAGUCCAAGAUGAAGCGUAACCCUCACGACGUUGUCAUACACCGUGACGGGCGCGAGCUCACGCUCGAACAAGUUUUCCAAUCUGUGAACCUCACCGCAUACGACCUCUCGAUAGACACGCUAGACAUGCACGCGCACCAGGACUCGUUCCACCGUUUCGACAAGUUCAACUUGAAAUAUAACCCCAUCGGCGAAUCUAGGCUACGCGAGAUCUUCUUGAAGACCGAUAAUUAUAUCGCUGGUCGAUACUUGGCAGAGCUCACACAAGAGGUCAUGACUGAUCUAGAACAAAGCAAAUACCAGAAUUCGGAAUGGCGACUCAGCAUCUACGGACGGAAUGUCGACGAGUGGGACAAGCUCGCGCGAUGGAUUGUACACAACAAGCUGUAUUCACACAAUGUACGAUGGCUCAUCCAAGUCCCGCGGCUGUACGAUGUGUACAAACAGAAUGGAUCGAUAGAGACGUUUGAGGACAUCGUCAGGAAUGUAUUCCGGCCAUUGUUCGAGGUUACGCAAGAUCCGAGCUCUCAUCCUGAGCUGCAUGUAUUCCUACAACGUGUCGUUGGUUUCGAUACAGUAGACGACGAGUCGAAGACUGAACGACGCUAUCACCGAAAGUUCCCAUACCCGCGGCUCUGGAAUGCUAAGGAGUCGCCGCCGUACUCAUACUGGGUGUACUACAUGUAUGCCAACAUGGCAAGUCUCAACAACUGGCGGCGUGCAAGGGGCUUCAAUACGUUCGUCUUCCGUCCACAUAGUGGAGAAGCCGGAGACACCGACCACUUGACCUCUGCGUUCCUCACCGCACACUCCAUCUCGCACGGCAUUCUCCUACGCAAGGUCCCUGCACUGCAGUACCUCUUCUACCUGAAGCAGAUCGGGAUCGCAAUGAGCCCUCUCAGUAACAACGCGUUGUUCCUGACGUACGAGCGUAACCCGCUGCCCGAUUUUUUCAAGGUGGGGUUAAAUGUCAGCCUGAGCACGGACGAUCCGCUGCAGUUCCACUUCACCAAGGAACCUCUUCUGGAAGAGUACAGCGUCGCAGCUCAUAUCUACAAGUUCCCACAGAGCUCCCUUGCUGAACUCGCGCGCAACUCUGUCAUCCAGAGUGGGUUCGAAAUGGAGAUCAAGCGUCACUGGCUGGGGCAGCACUGGUACCUGCCGGGUGCCGCUGGAAACGAUAUCAACAAGACAAACGUCCCCAACCUUCGGUUGGAGUACCGCCGACAGACCCUUGUGGAAGAGUUGACGAUGCUCAGGGCUACGUGGGCGAAUGAUCCUGCAGCAUCCAGCUGAAGAAUUCUUGGCAGGGCAGCGAAUAUGAAUACUGUGAGGUUCGUCCCCGUCAUUAUGCGUGACAUGUCCCCAGUCCAGCUAGAGCGGGUCACUCAGUGAAUAACACGAUGAACUCUCA